GGUGUAGAAAAUUCGCUCUUAUGAAUAAUAAUAAUAAUCGCAAGACCAAAACAUAUCUAAUAGAAUACUUUCGUAGACCAAUCGUAGGAACUUCUAUGGAUUAUUAUUUUUUUACUCUCAGAUGUUGUUUGUUUUUAGUACUUCCUUGUUUUUAGAGAUGUCGGCCGGAUGUAAACAAUGCAAUGGCUACUACUAUUGGGGUCAGUUUAUCUGCGCUGACUGCUUGAAUUCUGGUGCCGUUCAGUUGGAAAACGCGCUCGGCCUCAAGCUGUUCAUCUUCUACUGUGGAGUCCAAGUGCUUGUGCUGUGCUUUGAAAAAGAAAUGUGAUUGUCACGGUAGAACCAGGACUGAAAGCUCAGAGCAAUGGCAGUCCUCACCUUGCGGUGCUGCAAGGCAGUGUUCGUGCUUGUUUUCAUGGUGCUAAUUUUUUCACAACAAUGUGAAGGCCAGCCGACACUGUCCGGGGGUCGCGAGGUGUGGCAUGAGGAAGAACUCAUCAAGCAUCUCCUGAACGGCUAUGUCAAAGAAGCUCGGCCGGUCCUGAAGCCCGAGGAUACGGUGGAGGUUUCCGUCAAGUUCUCCUUUGUUCGUGUGGAAGACCUGGAUGAGGCCACAGAUACGUUCGCUUCAUCGGUCUUCAUUGUACAGGUGUGGACAGAUCCACGACUGAAGUGGGACCUCUCCAAGUACGGCGGUGUACACACUGUCCGGUUGCCUGCCAGUAAAAUCUGGAUACCAGAUCUGGUGCUGUAUAAUGUGGCCCAUCGAGAACCACCGAGCUCGCUGUACGAGGAAACUGUGACCGUAACCUCUGACGGCAGCGUGGUGUGGGUCCCCAUGCUCACUCUGUACAGCACCUGUCCCAUGGAUCUGAGUAACUUCCCUUACGAUGUGCAGACGUGCCGCAUCGUUUUCGGCUCAUGGAUGCACACUAGCUGGGAGAUGAACGUCACGUUUAUCUCCAAGGAGAAAGCUGAGAUGGAUGUUGUCCUGAGCGAGGAAGACUCCUCCUACCUGGUCCACCAACACCCACAGUGGGAGCUGGUCGGGAACCGGGCCAAAGCCAGGCUGACCUUGAAGAAGUACGACUGCUGCCAGCAGCCUUUCACCCUCAUCACCAUCUCGGUGCAGCUUCGGCGAAGGUCGCAGUUCUACCGCUAUCUGACUUUGGGGCCGGCAGCUGUGCUGGGUAUACUGGUGCCUGUGGUGUUUUUGGUGCCUGCGAGGAGUCAGGAUAAGACUACUUUUGGACUACUUCUGUUGCUGACACUUACAGUUCUCAUGUCCAUCUUGCAGCAAGCCGUGCCUUUUAACCAUGGAUCUAUGCCCAGAAUAUGUUCGUUUUACCUUGGCACCAUGAUCCUCACGUCGAUAAGCGUGGUGGCCUCGGUCAUUGUGGCUAACAUCUGUGUGCGGGGAGCUCGCCGGAAACCUGUCCCAGCUUGGGCACAUUCGUUGUUCCUGGGUAGAGGAAGUCUGCGGAGAUUUCUUUGCAUCGGAGACUUCGGCCCAGUCAGAAACCUGUACAGCAGCGACAUCUCGGCCAAUGCCGCGGCCAGCGGCAUCCAUCUUGCUGAUCUGUCAAGGGGGGAGGGGAACGAGCCGACCUUACAGGAAGUGGAGGGGGAGGGGCUCUGGUGGGUCACCGACCAGCUGUUGAACAACUCGGCAGACGGUUCGUCGGAGUCCCCCGCCACCUCAGGGUCGGCGGAAGACAAGAAGUGGUCGCAGCUCGCCUGCUACGUCAAGUUCAUCGUAGGCAAAAUGGCCGCCGACUCGGCGUACGAGAACGCCAACCAGGAAUGGGAGGAGCUAGGCCGAGUGAUUGACAGGUUGUUGUUCAUCGCCUUCUUUGCGCUGUAUGUCUUUACAGCCGCAGCAUUAUUAUAGCUGAUUAUUAUUUCCGUGUAUAUAAUCAAAGGCCUGGUACUUAGAGACAAAAUGUAACUCUAAUCCAGGAAUAGUAUCCCCAUUAUCUCGAUGGAGGCAUCAGCGGGGUGAAAUGAACACGUCGGAUAAUGUAACAUUUUUGUAUCAUCGUGGUGAUCGUAGGCAUUUAUCCAAAUAAUGAAAUUGAAGAAACUGACAUUUUUCCGCCCAUUGGGCAAUUUUUAUCAA